AUGGAGUUUCCCUUUAAUUGUGAGAAAAUUCUAGGAGUAGAUACUGACGGAUUUGCUAUACUUGAUGGUAAGAAAGGUAUGAACAGUGCUGCUUCCACAAAUAGAGCCAUAACUAGGACUAUGCCAGAUUUACAGAAUAAUAUGUACGAUUUAAUCGAUAAAAUGGGAGCUGCCUCUGCUAAAGCCUAAGCCCUUCCUGCAAUUAUUACGACAGCCUCUAGACUCUUCACUAGUGACAAUCGACUCUACUUAAGAGCUGAAGGAAAUAAAGUAAUUGGACUUCUGAAAGUUGGAGUUAAAAAGCUAUUUAUCAGAAAUGAAAUGGGUGCUAUCAAAGAAAUUUCGCCAUUAUGCGUUCUUGACUUCUAUGUGCAUGAAAGUGUUUAAAGAGGAGGUCAGGGUAAGGCUUUGUUUGAAAAGAUGCUAGAGGCUGAAUCAGUAAAGCCUGAGAAGCUCGGGUAUGAUAGACCCUCUGAGAAAUUAUUAGGAUUUUUAGCUAAACAUUAUGGCUUGAAGAGAUAUGUGCCUCAGAACAAUAACUAUGUUGUAUAUAAUGCUUACUUUGAAUCAGCAAACGAUAGUAAUAAUCUUUCAAGAAAGUAAUAAUAAGAAUAAAACUCCUAAUAGUUCGGUUUUGGAUAAAACUCUAAUAGCCAGAGACGAACUCCUGGAUCGCAAUCUUUAUAAAUGCCUAAUUAUUCACAGACUAUGUACAACCCUAAUCAAUCACAAUCAGGCAAUGCCCUUCCUUAAGCUAAUCAAAUUACUAAUAGUAAUAUAUUCGGAACAUAAAAUAACUUCUACAUGUAAUAAUAGCAGCAGUAAUCAAGACAAUAAUUACCACCUAAACCUGUUUAGAAAUAGCCUGAUCAGAGUUCACUUACAAAUGCAGGAGGUUAGUAAGUAUUUGGAGCACCUAAAAAUAGCAUGGGCUCUUCUCAAUCGAAUAAAAGAUCAUCUACAACUGAUAGAGUAUUUGGAGGGGUUAUGAAUUAGGAGGAAUGCUAAAAAGAAAAUAAUUACUUAAAAUAAGAUACUUAGUAAUUUGCAGCAAAAACCAACUAGCUUUUAGCUUAGUAAUAAAUGCAAUCUUAGGGUUCACAAAGGAGGCAAGGCUAGAGAGAUACUAUGGGAUCUCUUCUUCAAGACAUGUAAUCAAUGACAAUAAACGAAACUAAAUAAUCACAUAUCAAGAAUGGAUAAGAUUAUCAGCUUAGCAAACUUAACUCUAAAUUAAGCGAUAACGAAAGCAUCAUAAAAAAGAAUCAGGAAGAAAUGCAAAUGCUUAUGAUGAAAACAAACUAGAAUUAAAUGCAAUAAAAUAAUGGCAGUAAACCAGGCUAGUUGCAAAGACCUCCUUCAUCUAAGAAUGUUUCAAUAUUAGCUCCUUAUGUUUAAAUACCAGGUGGUGAUGCUUCUUUAAAUUCUGAUAUCUAGAAACCACCAAGCAGAGGACCUACAUCAUUUACUGCUGCAGGAGGUGACUACAUAAAAAGAACUCAAUAUGCAACACUGAAUGAUGAUUCUACCCAGAGGUUGAAUGACAACCAGUAAUUUGUAUAGCUAUAGAAGUAAAUUAAUAAUGGAGCCAGAAUUCCAUGGGCCUCCUAUAACUAUCAAUUCUAGCACUAUAGAAAAUGA